UAUUUUAUAACGACAAAUAUUUGUUGCACCUCAUACUUUCAGAAUUCUUUGGAGAAAAUUAUAAAUUCCAGCGAACAUAAUUUUCACGAAUUCAUAGAUGAUAUUCCACAAACAUUUGAGUUUCGGGAGGAGACGAACGGAAAGAAAACGCAAGCACUUUUUGAUGACUUCUCAAUGUCAUCUGUUGAUGCGUCAAAAGAUGAUGCAAAAAAAAUGGUAGCAUUGGAAUCAAAGUGUGAAGAGCUGGGUGUUCAAAUUGAUCGUUUGACGAAAGAAAAAGAAACUGCAUUCGAGGAGAUAGAACGUUUAAAAGAUCAAAUAAUAAGCCAAAGUACCUAUUGCACAAGCCUGGGUGCAGUAUUAAGUAACUUGACUUGGCAUGCUUCUAGAUUUCCACAAAUAGUCGAUAUCUGGUUAACUACAUUUCACACACAGAAUAAAAUAGGAGAAUUCCUGUCGAUAGUAAACGGCACUUUUGGCGCGUUCGUUAAUACUUAUAGAAACGUAUUCCCCCCGACAAGUAAUAUUGAGUAUCAAUACAUAAUAGGACUCCUUGGUAUUGUUACUAAUAUAUCUGAAAGUCCAGAAGGUCGCGAAUUUUUAAUUACAAAUUCCAAUGGCAUAGAAUUUGUACAAAAAAUAAUUAAACUAACACCUGAAUUGCCAUCAGCUCCCGGAUCAUUAUCUUUGAAAAGAUUAAUAUUAAUGAUUCUGUACAACGUGAGCAUAAAUAAGACCGGCUUGCAAUAUCUGCUGGAGUCUCAAUUAGAAACUAUGUUGAGUCAUUGUAUGGAAGAUGAAUCCUCCUCGGAAGAGACACAGUUGCUCUGCCUUCGCGUUCUACAAUCCGUCACUUACGAUCUCACUGAACCAAAAUACAUUCACGCUCUGACCACAACAAUUGCGAUCGAAAGAAUUGAAAUUAUGACGAGCUCAAAAAGAAGCGAUAUAAGUGGUGCAGCAAAACAAAUUAUAAAACAUUUACAGGAUACUCAAAAAAUUAUUAAAUAAUA